GGGAUAACGCGCAGACGGCCUGAACCUCAACGGGCUUCUCGUGGAUUUAUAUAUUUGGAUGUUGUCUGUUUUACCCUUUUACCCUUUUCUUCUAGGCAGUGGGAAUUUACACUUGGCUUACAACCCUUAUUAUUUUUGGCGUGCAAAAUGCCAUUCGCCAAAAGGAUUGUGGAGCCGCAGCUUCUGUGCAGGCACCCGAUCCCCAAUGAUGAAGGUCUGCUUUUCGAGGACCUGUGUGCCAUCAGUAAUGUGGUUCUCUCCCGGACCUUGCGACAGCUCUCCGACCUGGCCCGACACGCCUGCUCCUUAUUUCAGGAGCUGGAAAACGACAUCAUUAACACCAACCAACGGGUCUGGGUCCUCCAGAAUAAAAUAGGCCAGAUACAGCAGACUGCCAGUGCCCUAGACCCCAAAAAGGAGGCAGUGCCGGUGUCGAACCUUGACAUAGAGAGCAAACUGUCGGUUCACUAUCAGGCUCCGUGGCACCAGCAGCACAACAUAUUUCAUCCUUGUACCCGGCCGCCAUGUCUGGAGGAGCUGCACAGAAGUGCUCAACUCAGUCUCAGAGCUCUGCACCGAGACGAACAACAGCAGCUGCGGUCCACAAGUAGGGAGAGAAACAGGGUGACCAUCUCUAUCUCAGUUGCGCCCCCCAUGCCCACCUUCCCCUCGCCCCACACCAUCAGGCGGCAACAGCGGAGUCGCCUGGCAAGAACGCAAGAGAGAGCAGAAAGGGAGCGAGAGUUAGACUACCAACCCAGGAAGGAGAGGCCUGUGAAAGAAUCCGAAAUCCAAACCAUACAGAGAAAAGAGAGGCCGAGAGAAGCAGAUGUUCAGACAAGCCAAAGAAAGUUUGAGUGCUUUUACUCACUUCACCCAAUUGAAAGUUGUAUCUUCAUUCCAUGGAACAGAAAGGCUACCUCGACAGGGGAAGGUGAAGGCGGUGAGGUCUUGGGAGGCCACAGAACCCAGGCCUCAGCCCCCAGUGCCCCCUCAACCCAAGAUAAGCAGACAAACUGGUCGAAGGAAAACGUCCCGCCAUUAGAUCAGAAGACAUCUGGCGAUUCUCAUGCUAUCUCUUCCUGCAUCAUCCCCAUAAAUGUUACAGGAGUUGGGUUUGACAGGGAAGCAAGUGCUCGAUGCUCUCUAGUCCAUUCUCAGUCAGUUCUUCAGAGAAGAAGGAAGUUAAGGAGGAGGAAAACCAUAACAGGAAUACCCAAAAGAGUACAACAGGAUAUGGAUUCAGAUGAAUCACCCGUGGCAAGAGAGCGCACAGUGAUUAUCCAUGCCAAUCCACACCAGCUCUCUCUCUGUCAGGAAGAACUCUCAGUCAGUGGUCGCCUCCAUCACACUCGUGACUCUGGCUGCCAGACAGAUGAUUUCCUUAUAGCAUGUACAGCUGCUCCCUCCAGAAGGCGUAUUAGAGCUCAGCGGGGCCAUCAGGGAAUUCCUGCCUCUUUGUCCCAUUCAACAGGAAAUAUUUCUUCCCUUGGUGACCAGUCAGACUCAACAUACACCACAGCCACAUCCCAUGGUGGGCGAUUGCGCUCACGUAGCCUUCCACGAGAGGGUGGACGUCUGAUGGAUAGUGAUGAGGAUGAUGAUGACAAUUAUGAUGAUGAUGAUGAAGAUGAAGAAUUGUCACCUUACGAAGCAGAGGACUUUAUUCCAGCUGGCCCCAGUCCAAGAAUGAAGAUGAUGAUGAUGAAGGAUGAAGAAGAGAGCACAGAUGACCAAGCAGCUCCAGAGCCAUUGCAACUUGGAAGCCUAAAAAGGCUGCAGCGAACUGGGGAAAGAGACAGAGGAGGUGGAGGAGGUGGAAGCCCAGAGCAUGGCUGGAUGGAGAGGGGUCGUUCACGCUUACCUCGAAAGGCUGACAUGGGCAGCUGUGAGAUUUCAUCAAGUUCAGAUACUUUUAGUAGCCCUAUUCAUUCAGUGUCUACAACAGGAGUCCUAGGCAGCCAUGUGGAUCACAAGGAAGACCACCAGUCAUCAAGUGGGAACUGGAGUGGUUCUAGCUCUACCUGCCCCUCACAGACAUCUGAAACCAUCCCCCCGCCCUCUUCUCCACCCUUGACAGGCUCAUCCCACUGUGAUUCAGAGCUGUCACUCAACACUGUACCCAAUGCCAUUGAUGAGGGAUUCUCCCUGGAUCCCUCAUACCACUCUGACCUCAGACCCCAAGGCCAGGGUCACAGAUCAAGCUCAUUCACAUCCUCAGCCACAGACCAGCUGGAUGAUGCAGGGGUCAGUACAGCCAGUGAAGGAGAGUGGACAUACCCUCCAGACCAAGACCAGACUGACCAAGAUCAAGACCCUGACCAGACCCAAAUCCUGAGCCAGAGCCAUGGGGUAAUCCAAGACUACAGCUCCAAACACAGUCUUGAAGACCAAGCCGGCUUCAGUGACAAAACAAGCAACACAGAAACAGAGCCUGGCUCACAUUACACAUCUAAUACAGAAGGUUUCUACUCCUCCUCUGUGCAUAUCGGGGAGUGUAAUCAGAGUUACAGAGAAUACAUGUAUAACUAUGCAGACCCAGGACCUGACUGUGGUCAGUCCAACACUGUGGCAGCACCACUAUCACAUGGAGUUUACCCUGAGCCCUCAGCUGACUUCAGAGCAGGCACUCUGACCCUGGGAAGGACCUGUCGUUCACUGAAGAAACCGAAAGUCAAACCUCCACCACCCAAACGAACCUCUUCGCUAAAGGAGGCCAGUGGUAGUGUAGAUGUCGGAACGGACACGCAGGCAGAUCAGGAUCAACCAAAGAUGGUUAGUGAACAAGAGCUUACUUUGUCUUCCACAGAUAUGAAGCUGGAACUAGACCUAGAGCUUGGAGUUGCUCCAGAACCAUUACAGACAUCCUGUCUAGUGGCAGAGCCUUUGGGAACAUGGGGAAUGGGACUGGGGGAAACUGUGGACAUAGUAGAACCCAUGUCCUUCAGCUCUGCAGAUACACAUUCAUUUAAAGAUGAAGGUGCUGUACAAUCUGACUAUGCAGACCUGUGGCUUCAUAACAAUGAACUGAAGUCCAGCAAUGGUGAGUACACAUCUAUGUCCAACUCAAGCACCGCCACAGGCACUACUGUCAUGGAGUGUAUCAAGUCACCAGACAGCUCUUCCUCUUCCACAGAAACCCAAACCCAGGUCCCUACCCAGGCUUCAGAGACCGUGGCAACUAGUUCACCACUCCCACCUGAAGAUUUCAAACUCGGGUCUCCUGAGAAACUAGCUGGUCUGGCCUCACCAUCAAGCGGUUAUUCCAGCCAAUCAGAAACACCAACAUCAACCUUGCCUACAUCUUCAGCAGCAUUUUUCCCAGGACCACUGUCUCCUUCAACUGGCAAGAGAAAGCCCAAAGUGCCAGAGAGGAAGUCUUCUCUCGCUUCCCUGCAGCAUUUCCCCAGAGAUGGAGCUUCCAUUUCCUCUUGCUAUAAGAGAGACCCUGACUUUCCACCUCCACCUUCUCAACUGGAUCUUAGCGUCCUUCAUGGUGGCUAUGUCAGACACACGUUAUCCCACCGGACUCACCACAUGCACACAUUGCACCACAGCAAACACAGAGCUGCAAAUGUUUUAGCCACUGGAACAAAGCUGUUGGCCCCUGAAGCCUCAAAUACCAACCCACCACCAAGCUUAAACACUACUUCAGCAAUUCCUAGCUCAAAUCUAUCCGCGAUAACUCCAUCUGCUCUUCGUUCAGUGCAGCUUCAUUCUGUUAGCCAACCUACAGAUCCACAAAUUACUUACACUACAGACCAGGAAACAGCAAGUGCAACAGAGACUGCUACAAGACCCAAAUGUCCUCCUAGUGGGUCUACUCUGGCUCCACCUCCUCUUAACACUAGGCCUCUGCCUCCUCGCAGACCUCCUCCUAGACCACCAGCUCAUGAGCACACCUCCUCCCCUGAACAUACACAACCAACUCCCCCUGGUCGUCAUCCUGAUGGGCCUCCAUCUUAUGAAAGCCUGCUGCUUAGACAGGAUCGCUAUGGACCUGGAACCUUCUGGGCUAUGACUGCCUUCAGAACGCGAAUGGACCUAUCAUCAGACCUCUCUGAGGACAGUUCACCUGUUCAUCGACCUGUGCCACGUGCUCCCCACCCUUCGCCUGUGGAUCUGCACACACAUAUCCAUUCGCAUACAGAGUUCAGAGGGCUCACCCACUCAUCUCGUGCACACCCUGAGUUUAGGGUUUUGGGAGAGCGCUCAUUCUCCCAGGAUGAUGAUGAUGAUGAUGAUGAAGAGGAGGAAGAAGAAGAGCAAGUGAAAGAACCGCCUAGGGCUGUAUGUCUAAGAGGAGGCAUGCGAUCAGACCAUCCUCCACCCCCAGCAUAUGAGUUUGCUGGGGGAUCCCACUCAGACUCAGGGCCCUGGGCUAGUCCAAUCAAAGUGCCUGGUACCACAUUGGAGACAUCGCAUCCUUACCUAAUCAGCGACACAAGAAGAGGAGGACAAGAAGAGCCGGAAGAAGAGGAAGAAGUGACAUCAGGUGCUACCAGAAGUGCCCAACAACAACAGCUACAGGACAGCAAAGAUGAUUCCACCACUCCUGACACUGAGGAUUACUUCAGUAAAGAUUCUACACCCAGUGAUAAUUCACUCUCCCCUCUGACGGAUGACACUAAAGUGGAUGAUGACAUCAUUAUCACAUCACCCAAUAAAACCCGUACAACUGAGGACCUGUUUGCCAUGAUACACAGAUCCAAGAGAAAAGUCCUGGGCCGUAAAGAUUCUGGAGACUUAAAUGUUAAGUCUCGUCUCUGCCCUCCAGUACCGGUGACCCCCAGCAAUGUACCCACCGCCAUUAUCCCUCCAGCACCUCCUCUCAACAUUCCAGCCACCUUAGCCACUGCUGUUGCGUUACAACGAGCCCCCGUGCCAAUCUAUCGCAGCGCCAAGAAAUCCAGUACGUCCAAUGAGGAGUUUAAACUCCUGUUGCUAAAGAAAGGCAGCAGGACUGAUUCCAGCUAUCGCAUGUCAGCUACAGAGAUUCUGAAAAGCCCUAUCACCCCUAAAACACCAGGAGAGUCCGUGCAGGAAGGGCCCAUUAGACAGGCUGAGGAGCCACCCUCUACGCUCCAAGAGACCCAGGUUUCUGGCCUCGACCCAAUCCAGAUACCAGGUCUUUUUCCCAGGGCCAACUCUGAGAGUUUUGCAUCAAAAACUCUGCCUAUGUCGGCUGCAUCUCGACAAGGACGUUCUCGGAUACCCCCUGUAGCCAACAGUAGUCGCUACAGUACACGCAGUCGCCUCUAUACGGCCCCCAUGCAAGCCAUUUCUGAGGGGGAGACUGAGAACUCAGAUGGGAGUCCCCAUGAUGAUAGAUCAUCCUAAAGCCACCUGAUGUGUGAUUUCCUCUAUUCUUAGCUGUGUCCUGCAUUUGAAAUGGCCCCUUCUACUUUUCUAAUCUUGGAUAGCUGUGUCAUCAAGGCCAAUGGUGUAAUUCUUAUGACACACUAAAUCUGACUGUUGCUGAAAUGCAUCCAGUUGAGGAUAUACAAUUCUAUAUAAAGGUGUCAGACUGUUUUGAAUCAUAAAGGUUAUGAAAAACUUGAUGAAAUACCUAAAUACUGUAUUAACUAAAUAACGCCCUCAUAGUAAAAAAUGCAAGACUUAUUUUGAUUGAACUGUCUUUAAAAAAAAAAAAAGAAAAGAGUCCAAAAGGUUUGAAAAAUUCUAAAAAGAUUGUGGAGUGUAGACAAGAUGUGUGUGUGCAUGAACAAGCACAUGCAACGUCCACUGAUAUUUCUACUUCUUGUGUUGUGAAUGGUGUGGGUGUGUGUAUGUCAUUGAGGAACUGCUGUCUUAUUAAAUUUAAAAAUUCUUAUGACAAUUAAUAUUCUUUUAACUUGUGGUGCCCAAAGCAUCAACUUCCUAAACUUCAAUGUUCAAUAGUCCUGCCAACCAAGCAAGGGUUGUCUCAUUAUGGAAGUUAUCUCUCAAAACAGCACCGACUUAUCUAUUUCCAUCUGCAGACCUGGCAUAGAGAGUA